AAAGAGCACCAAGUAACAACGGAAAGCUUCCAGCAAGCAGAUAACAUUCAUGAGUCUCAUAUUCAUUUGCCUUUUCUUUUCCUUUCCUUUUUUGCAACCAGCUAACUUUCAGAAGUACUCGUAGCUUUUGAUUUAAAUACAAGAGCCAUCAUUCCCAUUUGGGAACCUCUGGGGCAGGAGGCUUAAUUCUUUCUACUAUUCGUUUCUCGCAGAAUGAAGUGGUAUUUCAGCACUUCACUUACUGGUUUGCCUCUGGGUAUUGACUAUUGAAGAUCGGCAGACCUCCCCCUAGAGAAGCAACUCACGGAAAAGACCGUUUUGCACAUCUGAAAAGCACAACCAGCACUCAGAUGGCCAGCAACAACACUGCCAGCAUAGCACAAGCCAGGAAGCUGGUGGAACAGCUGAAAAUGGAGGCCAACAUUGACAGAAUAAAGGUGUCAAAAGCAGCGGCAGACUUGAUGGCGUACUGCGAAGCCCAUGCCAAGGAAGACCCUCUACUGACCCCGGUGCCAGCUUCAGAAAACCCGUUUAGAGAGAAGAAGUUCUUCUGUGCAAUUCUGUAAGCCCUCCAUGAGCCUGACAUGCACUCAGCCCGCUCUGAACACUGAUGUAGCGUUUUUAGCAAUGUGGACAACUUUCUAGUCCACAGAAUUUAAAAAAUAACAACAAGGCCUGGAAGAUCUGGAGAUGUGCAUGUUUAAAGAAACUGGUCACCUUUUGGGGGAAUAAGAUCUACAUCAUGAGGCAGAAGAUCUGAGAUCUACAGAGUCAUCGAGAUAGAAAAAUAUGUAAAGAUUAAGUGUGUGUCACUUUUCUGCUCACAAAAAAAAAAAAAAACCAACAAAAAACCCUUGUUUGAUCCAUAUUUAAAAAAGACGCUUGUGCUGAGCAAGGUAAAGGCUGAGGCUGUGUAUAACCUCAUUGGAAUGAUUAUCGCUGGGUUUUUCCAAAUAAUACUCUUAUUUAAGUUGAAUUGUCAAAUAUCACAACAGGCUAGAUUACUAUUAUAUUACUUAAUGUUCGGUCUUGUGCUUUUUUUUUGGUUUUGUAUUUUUGUUUUUGUAUUAGAGUAGCACAGAGAUGGAUGGGAGUCCUUAAAAGAUAACAAACUAAACUGGUUAGCAAGGGCUUAGUCAGUGAUACUUCACAUCUGCAGUGUGAACACUGUCUGUCUGUGUGUUUCUUGCAACCUAUUACCACGACUUCUAACACUUGUAUAUGGUAGCUUCACUUCUGCAAGUAAAAGUAAAUCAGGUGUUGUGA